AUGCGGAAACGAAGUCUGAAAUGCAACCACACAAAUGUCUGCCAUAAUGACGAGAGGUAUCGACUCGUCAGCAAACACAAACUUCACAAAACCCUCUGGCAAGAUGACUACGUCAUCAACCACUACAGGCCUCCAGCGAUGACAAGAAAGAUGUGUGCAAAGAGUCUUCUUCGAUUCCACCUGCCUCAUUUCAGCGCAUUCCACAUAAACAACGAGACUAUCAAUAUCUGGAGUCAUUUACUCGGAUUCAUCUACUUCACAUAUCAACAAUACUACACAAACUACAUAGUUCUCCUAUCAGUCGGAUCUCAUAAAGCUGAUCAUUUCGUGUUCACUCUAUCAAUAUUUGGAAUGCAAAUGUGCUCCCGAGUCGGUCUCCUUCACAUAAUUUAUUGUAUCAUCAUCACUUUCGGAAUCUGUCCGACAGUUCAUUGGGUGUUCCUUCAUGGUGGAUUUGAUAGUGAUCAUGUUGUUAAAUGGUUCCCUAAUGUGAUUGUACUCUACUCAUUGAUAGCUGCCGCCUUCAUGUUCUAUGUCACAAUGGUGCCGGAGAGACUUUGGCCAGGAAAAUUCGACGUGGUCGGAUGUUCGCAUCAAUGGUGGCACAUCUUUAUUCUCGGAGCAAUGAUCUAUUGGCAACAGUCUGGAAAUCAACUACUCACAGAAUACCGAUCGUUCUCUGAUAGUUGCCAUCGAUUCAUCCCUCAACAAAACUUCUCUGAAAUCUCGCAUUCUAUCUCUAAUUAUAGUCAUCCCUCAAUAUUCUUCUCAAUUGCAAAUGCUCGUAGAAUUCAUGUUAUAGUCAAGAAAACUAAUGGGUGGCACGAUUCUGCCACAAUUCAAUCCGUCGACUACGAAAAACUGGGACGGAAAAGUUGGGACGAACUGACUGAAGUGGAGAAAUAUCUAUUGGAAACUGAACAUGCUUUACGUGGUUUUAAUUCAGAUUCAGUUUCAAAAGAAUAUGAUUAUCAGGAAAGAAAGUAUGACGAGAUCAACAAUGAUUCGGAUGAAAAAGAAAAUGAUGAAGCUACAGAUUCCGAUGAAGACAGCUCCGAAGAUUCAGAUGAAGACAAGUCAACAGAAACCGAUGAGAGCCUUCCAGAAGAAGAAGAUACACUCCAAGAACCUUCAGAAACUAGCCAUCACUACAAUGACAGAAGAAGAAUAGGUGGGAGAGCUGCCCGUGUUUGGAACGCGAGACAGUACCAGUAUUACCAUCUUUCUGUUCAUUAUCUCAUCAAUGUGUAUGUCAAGUUGAGAAGCAAAAUUGAUAUCUGA